UUUGACUCAUUUAUCAUAUCUAGCUGUUGCGUUACAGGAUGUGACCGUUAGAAGCCCCCAAUUUCAAAUCCGCAGAGAACAAACCAGUCAAAACACAAGAGAUACCCUACUGGCCACCACUGCCAAAAAAAAAUGAGAGAAGAGGACCAACUGCAACAGCCAUUAACACCAGAAGAGUUGAUGCAAGAGCUCAGAUUCAAAGCCACUGAGCUUCUUCUCAGAGAAGAAUGGCAAGAAUCCGUUCAAGUCUACACCCAGUUCAUCAAUCUCUGUCAAGACCAGAUCUCUGUCAAGUCACAUCAAAAUCACCCAGACCCAGACCUCCUCACCAAGCUUCAAAAAUCCCUCUGCUUAGCCCUGUCAAACCGUGCUGAAGCACUGUCCAGGCUUAGAGAUCUCACGGGAGCGCUCAAAGAUUGUGAUCAAGCAUUGAAAAUUGAGAGUACACAUUUCAAGUCCCUUGUUUGCAAAGGCAAAAUCUUGCUUAGUUUGAACAGGUACUCAAUGGCCUUGGAUUGCUUCAAAACUGCUGUUCUUGAUCCACAGGCUAGUGGAAACCUUGAAACUCUGAAUGGGUACGUGCAGAAAUGCAAGAAACUGGAAUUUCAAUCGAGGACUGGAGCUUUUGAUCUCUCUGAUUGGAUCCUAAGUGGGUUUCGUGGCAAAUCUCCAGAGCUUGCUGAGUACACUGGUCCAGUGCAGAUUAAGAGGUCUGAGCUCAGUGGAAGAGGCCUGUUUGCAACAAAGAACAUUGAUGCAGGGACUUUGCUGUUAGUGACUAAAGCAAUUGCCACAGAGAGAGGUAUAUUAUCAAGUGAAGAUUCUUGUGAGAAUGCACGGUUGGUCAUGUGGAAGAAUUUUGUUGAUAAAGUUGUAGAUUCAGCUACUAUGUGUGAAAGAACUCACCAUUUGAUUAGCACAUUGUCAAGUGGUGAAGAUGAGGAUAAGCUUGAGGCUCCUGAAAUGAGUCUAUUUAGGCCUGAGGCAGAGGAGAUUGGAGAGUUAAAUGAGAAGCUUGAUAAGGUUAAAAUUUUGAACGUAUUGGAUGUGAAUUCUCUUGUUGAGGAAUCAGUUUCAGCUAAAGUCUUAGGGAGGAAUAGUGAUUAUUAUGGUGUUGGAUUAUGGGUUCUGGCUUCAUUCAUUAACCAUUCAUGUAAUCCUAAUGCUAGACGCUUGCAUGUUGGGGAUCAUGUGCUAGUUCAUGCUUCCAGGGAUGUUAAGGCGGGUGAAGAAAUCACAUUUGCAUAUUUUGACGUGCUUUCUCCAUUAAGCAAGCGAAACGAAAUGUCAAAGACAUGGGGUUUUCAUUGCAGUUGCAAGAGGUGCAAAUUUGAAGAAGAAAUGUGUUCUAAGCAAGAGAUGAAGGAAAUAGAGAUAGGACUUGAAAGAGGGAUUGAUGUGGGCAGUGCAAUUUUUAGGCUAGAGGAAGGUAUGAGAAGAUGGAUGGUGAGAGGGAGGGGGAAAGGCUAUAUGAGGGCAUCAUUUUGGGCUGCAUAUUUUGAAGCUUAUGGCUCUGAGAAAUCUGUGACGAGGUGGGGAAGACGAAUUCCGGCUGUCGAUAUAGUAGUGGAUAGUGUUGCAGAAGCUGUGGGGUGUGAUGAGAGAGUACUGAAGGUUUUUAUGCAAGCAUUUAAAGGAAACGGCGUUAGCUUGGUGGAUAUGGAGAAAUCACUCAAGUUGGGAAGAGGAGUACAUGGAAAGGUGGUCAAGAAACAACAAGCCUUAAGGUCCCUCCUUGACUUUGGCACUCAUGAUGCUUGAACAUAGGCUAUUGAGCUAGUAGCGAUGCCAAGUUUUUUCUUUUUCUUUUUCUUUUUUCUUUUUUGUCUCUGUUUUUCCUUCUGUUUUUUAACUAUUGCAAAGUCAUUUUUUACUUUGUUUUGUGCCAUAUUGACACGAUCUGUGGCUUUUGUUUUCUGGCUCUGUCCAAAAAUUAGUUUGUGCUACCAUUCAUAAAUAACAAGGAAGCACUUCUAUUACAGUAUCAGAA